AACCCCUCUCCCAAAUUCCUCAGCUUUCUUCUUCAUCAUCUUCUUCCUUCUUCUCUGGUCUGAAAAAUUUUCAGGUGUUCUGGUUCUGAUCAUAAUUUGUGUCUUCUUCUUCUUGUUCGUUUACAAAUUUAGAGCGAACCCAGUUGAAAUUUUGGUGAAAACUAAAGUGGGUUGCUUUAGAUUUGAAAAACAAUGAGGGAAGAUGAUUCUAAUUGGUUUUCAAAAUGGGAUCAGGAGCUUCCCUCUCCUGAUGAAUUGAUGCCUCUUUCCCAAACCCUUAUCACCCCUGAUCUUGCUUUGGCAUUUGAUAUCAGAAACCCAGAUAGUUCCAUCAACAACAACAACAACAACCACCACCACCCACCGCCUCCGCCGCCUCCGGUGCCAAUCCAGCCGAGUUCGGCCGAUUUUGGGGAUUCUGGUGAUUAUGUGUCUGGCGCCGGCGAUGGAGACGAACCUGCGCGGACCCUGAAGAGGCCGCGCCUGGUCUGGACUCCACAGCUCCACAAGCGAUUUGUCGACGCGGUCGGCCAUUUGGGAAUAAAAAAUGCUGUACCUAAAACCAUAAUGCAGUUGAUGAGCGUGGAUGGGUUAACUCGUGAGAACGUGGCUAGCCAUUUGCAGAAAUAUCGCCUCUAUUUGAAGCGUAUGCAGGGGAUUUCCGGCGGCAGUGGCGGCGGAGUUAGUGGCGGUGCUGGAUUAGUUUCACCCGUUUCAGAUCCUGCUACCGACCAUUUGUUCGCCAGCUCUCCAGUUCCGCCGCAUUUUCUUCACUCCUCUCGGGCUAAUUCCGACCAUUUCCUGCCGUUUGUGCCCGUCGGCGCUCUGCAGCACCACCACCAGAUGGCCGCCGCCGCUGCCGCUCAAUACCACCGACAAGUAGCCCAUUUUGGGUCUCCGCCGAAUGGGCAGUUUGAGCAUCCGUUUUUAGCUCGGCCUGUUCACCGGAUUGGGACCCCUGUGACUACCCCGGCGACGAAUUACAGCGAGGAUUUGGAUUCGAGUAAUGGAACAGGAGGGAGGAAGGUUCUCACUCUUUUCCCCACCGGAAACGAUUAAACCUCUUUCCAUUUUGAAAUCUGGUCAGAACUGUCUGUAUCUCCGUGACGUUGGUGUUGCCGUCGUCUUCUCCGGCGAAAACAAGGGCGGGCGUCAGUUGCAGAGUCGAAGGCAAAAUGGAUUAUAUAUUAUGCUAAAGAGGUAAGAUUGUACAUGAGUAUUAAGAACAAUUUGGGUGUGUUCAUCAUUAUCAUCUCUAAAUUCUAAAUUCUAAAUUCUAAAUUCUAAA